AUGUUGAAGGAAAGAAUUCAUCUUGAAGGACUGACCAUUUGCCACAGCAAGAUCUUUAUAUCCACGAACGCCUCGAUCGGUUACCUUUUUGAUGGAAGCAAACUUGUCGCCAAGAAACAUCUCGGAAUCCGCAAGCCGCUGAAAAAGGUUCAAGCGCUAGACGAGUCCCGUGUCCUGAUCCUCACGACUGACGGAGUUCUCUCUAUUCUGGACAUUGAUUCCUUGACUAUUAUAACUGGCAAACAGAGUCAACUGACAAACGUUUCCGAUUUCUACAUCAAUGCUUCGGCGACGAAUGGAAGCUCGCUUGAUGUUGAGAUUUUUAUCGCGAUUCAAAAGAAGAAAGCAGCUGCUUUACUUCGACUUUCUCCGAGCAAUUCAAUAACGCCACUCUACGAGUACAACUUUCCAGAGCCGCCAGGAAAAAUUGUCUGCCACAAGUCAUCGGCGUUGAUCCAAUUUCCGACUCACUAUAAGCUACUGGAUUUAAAUUCAAAGAACCUUACUCCUCUCCUCAAUUUUUCUGAGAAGGAUGCUCCUAUAGCUACGGGAUAA